AGGAGCAUUUCAUCAACGCAAGUUCAACGUUCAACGUUGUUCGACCUUGAAAACAGCGACUUUGGAAAUCAUGUACCAAAAUCAUGAAACUGAUGAUGAACAAGCCUCUCUCAUAUCUUCUCAGUCGAAGAAACCUUCUCCAGAUACCUUAACGAAACUUGUGAAGCGUCUCAGGGCACUAGCAACGAAGCUACUUCCAGUAGAAGUCGACGAGAAGAGUAUCAAUGACCCUACAAGCAGGGUUAUUACUCCCCACGUUAUAUCUGCUUUCUCUGAUGCAGCAGGUGAUUUUGGCGAAGCGCUCCCAUACUGUUUGCUCCGUGCCCGCGCGGACUUCAUGCGUGAGGGGUAUCACAACCCUGCUGAUUUUGACGAGAACCGAGGAAGAGCUGUGGCAUGCGAAGUAUUGGCUCGUCGCAUUGUUCAUCAAAGUCCAUCUGAGAAGAUCAAAUCUCUCAUGUCCACGCGGUAUAGACAUUGUGAGCCUGAUGGCGACAUCAGCGAGGCCUCAAGUGCUCUCGAAAUUGCCAUUGACACCCAUUGCACGAUAUUUUUGUCUUCUAGUGAAGCGCAAAGCGUUGUCAAGUCUUUGUGGAACGGAGAGCUUGUACAGACACUAACAGAUCAGGAUGAUAUCCAAUAUAUAUCCUACCACAAAUCGCGGCAAACUGGGUUCUGGGGUCACAUGGACCCUUCACGCAUUUCUGUUCCCCGGUACCAGAACUUCCUCCGUAUUGUGAUUUGGUUUUUCUUUCUCGUUGUGUACUCUCAAGCUGUUCGUCAACCGCUGGAACGACUUGACCCCGACCACACGGUGGUUGAUGUCUGGGAAAUUAUAUUGUAUGUUAUGGCGCUGGCAUUCUCACUUGAAGACACAAACAGGUUUUACAAACUAUUCAGAUAUGCAACCUAUCGCGCUUUUGGAUUUUGGAAUGUCGUCGCCUUCAUAACGGAUUCCUUGUUACUGGCUGCAUGUUCACUUCGCAUUGCUGGCCUUUACGUCAUGGGAGAUCAGUCCAACACCUUACGCUUGAGGAGUUUUCAAGUCUUGAGUUUCGUUGCUCCGUUCAUAUGGAUGAAACUCAUUACAGUCUUCGAUGGUUACCAGUAUGUUGGAACAAUGCAAAUAUGUGUGGCUCGCAUGCUACAAGAGUCUGGCAUCUUCUUCGCGCUAUUGUCAGUGCUCGGGAUUGGCUUCUUGCAGAGUCUAUAUGCUAUAGAUGCCGCUGACGGGUCAACCGAAGAUGCAUCAGUCAUCAUUCAUGUCCUUGUUCAAGGCCUACUUCAGUCUCCCAACUACGAAAAGUUCUCGGCCAGCCCUGUGGGACUUGCGUUGUACUACCUCUGGAAUAUCACAACAGCGAUUAUCCUGCUCAAUGUCCUCAUUUCUUUGUUUGCCUCUGCGUACUCUGAUGUCAUCGAGGAUGCUGAAGCAGAGUAUAUGACAUUCUAUGCUGGGAAAACUGUUGCCAUGAUUCGCGCCCCUGAUUCGUAUGUCUAUCCUGCGCCAUUCAAUCUAGUGGAGUUUUUCUUCGUAGCGCCUUUUGAAAUGUUCACCUCGAAACCUGAGUCAUAUGCAAAGCUCAAUCGGGUCGUUAUGAGCGUAAUUUUCUUCGUUCCGUUGACUUUCAUCGCGCUUUUCGAGACUUCAAAUAUGAGAAAGUCAUGGGUGGUCAACUGGCUUCAUGCAGAAGACGAGGUCGACACCGAAAACCCCGCUGUUCUGGAUCCUGUAGUCGAGGGGCCGGACGCAGACCAAGGCUUGGAGAUCACCAGAAUCCCCUUUGAUGAGCUUGUCAAGAGGUUGCCCAAUACCGAACAAUCUAGCGAAGCUUCGAUUGUAAAAGAGAUUAGAGAAAUUCAGGCAAGGUUGGAGGUGUUGAUGAACAAAGUGGACCGUUUACACACCUAAACAAGCAAUCCGUUCGCCUUCGGACGUGGACAUUUUAGGUGGAUGAUCUAAAUUACCGGAUUGGAGUAAACUACUUUUUUUUCUUCGUUUACAGAUGGAAAUAUAUCGAUCCUGUGGAAAUCGCGAUGCAGCGCAAAUGGAUCUGUGCACGAUGUGCUGUUGGUGCGCUGAGUUGAAACCAAACUGGUUGAAAGUUGUAGCGUAAUAUGUAAUGUUGCAGGCAUCGACAGAUUCAUGAUUCAUGGUAGAGAAGGUUGAAAGGCCUUCCGGGAAUACAAUGAAUCUCCUCCAUUUGAGAAACUCCGAUCUAGUCACCGAACCGUCGGACAUAGAUCUGCGAUGCGGACGCACGCGUUACGGAAUCAAACUGUUCAAGUCG